UAGUCUUACUCCUGCCUUGUAAAGGUAGGUAAGUUGGUUUGCAAUAGACCCUCGGCUCAAGUAAAGCUUCAUGUUUAUGAAAUUCCAGAUCCCUAUUCACCACUAAGUCAUGUUCCUCACAUUCUUUAGUGUCAUAAAGUUGGCAAAAGAAAAAGGUCAUUGCCACAUUUAGCCUUCCAAUACAUCACAUUCAAUAUAUAAUAUCACCAUUACUACCACACCACUCCUCCUAAUGCAGCCUAAUGUUUCAACUAAUGGCCACUGGAUGACCAAGAUUGUGGUAUGCAAGUCAUUAGCACUAUGACCUAUGUUGAUAGAUAUAGUUCCAAUCAUUUUAGGCUUACAAUAUACUAAGCAAUUUGGGUUAAAAGAAUGUCAACCUAUCCUACAAGUUAAUUUUCCCAUAUGUAGUUUCAUUUAACUUUCUCUGCUCCAAAAUCAAUCUUUACUCAUUAGUUAUUAUAACUAAAUAGAGAAAGUUCUUACUUAGAUGAGUUUUUUGGUGUGAAUACAAAGUAACCUUAUAUAUAUAAAAAACUAAAUAGAGAAAGUUCUCUUAUAAUUAAAUAGAUUUAAAAAAUUUAACAAUAAGUCUAUGAGUGGACUGAGGUUACUACUCCCCACCCAUCCUUUGACACUAUUAUUUUUUUUUAUAUAAGAAAGACCAUAGGAGAAUUUGUGUGAAGUUUCUCUCUUUUUUUUUCCUUUUUUAAAAGAGUGGCAAAAAUGACCUUUUUUUGUUUGUUGAAGGUCUAAAUAAGUCCUUUGUAUAUAUCCAUAAAUAUUCUUUAUCCUCUAUCAUCCUUAAAUAUUUAAUAAAUUAGACUGUUCGAUUUAAUCAAAAUUAUUAUAUACUAAAAGAAGUCACAUGGACUCCAAAAAAUAGCAUCUUCAUAUUCGAGUUUUAGUUAAAUCGAACAAUUAAAAUUUAUUGAAUGUUUGACGAUAACAAUACAUGACCAAAAUAUCCUAAAGAAGAAAUUGAAAUGACUCUUCUAGACCUAGCCCAAACAUAAAAGACCUUUUUUUUUUUUCCUUUUUGUGGAAUUUUGUCAAUCAUUUGUAAUGUCAAACUUUUGGCUUUUGCAUAAGUGAAAGUCAAGUAGAUAUCUUUGCCAUGAUCUCUCCAACUUUCCUAAGUUUUAGUAGUAGAAAAAGUCAAGUCAAAGUAUAAAGCUGCCUCCUAGAAGUUAGGUGGCUGUGGAAGAUUUUCUUGUUUGACUUCUUCUUUGUCGUCUUAGCUCUUAUUCACCAACACUCAUAAAUACUAAUACCCCUUUAAUUCAAAGUUUAUUUAAACAAUUGUUUUUCACAUUUUCUCAAAUACCCUCUUCAAAUCUUGAUUUUCUUGUUCACCAUUUCCAUAUUGGCCAAUAAAAAUCUCAACUUUCUAUGUUUUUUUCACAAUUUUGAGGUUUUAUAAGAAACCCCAUCUCAUUCUUGAUUCAAAUUUUGUUGAAUUCCCCUUCAUUUAAGUAAAAAUCUCAACUUUCUAUGUUUUUUCACAAUUUUGAGGUUUUAUAAGAAACCCCAUCUCAUUCUUGACUCAAAUUUUGUUGAAUUCCCCUUCAUUUAAGUAAAAAUCUCAACUUUCUAUGUUUUUUUCACAAUUUUGAGGUUUUAUAAGAAACCCCAUCUCAUUCUUGACUCAAAUUUUGUUGAAUUCCCCUUCAUUUAAGUAAAAAUCUCAACUUUCUAUGUUUUUUUCACAAUUUUGAGGUUUUAUAAGAAACCCCAUCUCAUUCUUGAUCCAAAUUUUGUUGAAUUUCCCUUUCUAUAAGUAAAAAUCUCAGCUUUUCUAUGUUUUUUUUCACAAUUUUGAGGUUUAUUAAGAAAUCCCAUCUCAUUCUUGUUUUAAAUUUGUUGAAUUUCCCCUUUAUUUAAGUAAAGAUUUCAACUUUGUCCUAGAGAAAUGGAUAAAUUAGAUGAGUCAGGUGUAUCAGCUCUUUUAGGGAAGUUUAUGGUGGGGUUAAUUAUAUUUAUGUUUUUAGUGGUGUUUUUUAUAUUUUUAUUUCAUGUUUAUACUAAAUGGUUCUUGAAUCGCCGGCGGUAUGUAGAUACCGCCAGCGAUUCUGAUGGCAGUGGGACUAGAAGAAAAGUGAGUGCUAAAGGACUUGACCCUUUAAUUCUUGAAACAAUACCUAUAGUUGGAUUUGAUGUUAAUGAAUUCAAAGAUGGGACAUUGGAAUGUACUAUUUGUCUGUGUGAGUUUUCUGAAGGUGAAAAGAUGAGAUAUUUACCAAAAUGUAAUCAUGGAUUUCAUGUUGAUUGUAUUGAUAUGUGGUUUCAUUCUCAUUCCACUUGUCCUCUUUGUCGUAACGCGAUUUCAACGACUGAGGAAUCAUCAUUGGAGAUAGAGGAAGAGGGUUCGGCUUUGGUUUUGGCUUCAGUUGAAACUGAGUUGCCUAUUUUUCCAACCAAUGUGUUGUUCUGGGGAAAUGAGACUCAAGUUAGCACCCUGUGUAAUCCUUGUUUAGACUCAACAGCUUCCACGAGUAAUCGAUCACAUGGAAUGUUGGUGAUCGAUAUUCCAAGGGAGAUUAAUGAAGAAGAAGAAUCGAAAUAUGUAAUGCCUGAAAGAUUAAGACGUUUGAUGAGGCUUUUGAGCGGGGAUAGAAGGGUAUUCAAUCCUUCUAGUUCGCGAAAUGUAGAUAUAGAACAAGGGAGUAGAAGCCCAAGUUAGUAUAGACUCAGAGGCUGAUCCAGGAUUCGAAAUUCUUAACAGAACACAAGUAGUGGAUAUAUUGUACAUGUAUAAGCACAUUGUAAUAGGCUUCUCAAGAGGGACCAACUCCAAGUGUAGCCUUAUGUCCCUCCAUGGAAGUAUCUUGAUUCUUGACUUACAUAUCUAUAAUUACUAAAGAGAAUUACAUACUUCUAUGGCCCAAAUAUUUUUGAAUCAGUGUCUCCGUAGACAUGACAAUAUGUAUUGAUUUGAUAUAAACACUCUAUGCUAGUAAAUUUGUUACAA